CCGGCAUUCGGCCGGCGGCGCCUUUGAUGUUCGGACCCGCCAGCUCCCGGAGCCGCUCUGCCCCGCGCCCUAGCCCGCGCCUGUAGCCCGCCCAGGCGGAGUCAGCCCGCGCUCCGCCCGCCGCGAUCCGGGCUCGGAGGUUCGGACUCCGGGCUCGCCGCCCCCCGGGCCGGCUCCGCGCCCCGCACUCCCGGCGCCCCGCGCCCCGGCGGGCGGAGCGCACCAUGCCGCAGCUGGACUCCGGCGGGGGCGGCGCGGGCGGCGGCGACGACCUCGGCGCGCCGGACGAGCUGCUGGCCUUCCAGGAUGAGGGCGAGGAGCCGGACGACAAGAGCCGCGACAGCGCCGCGGGUCCCGAGCGCGACCUGGCGGAGCUCAAGUCGUCGCUCGUGAACGAGUCCGAGGGCGCGGCCGGCGGCGCGGGAAUCCCGGGGGUCCCGGGGACCGGCGCCGAGACCCGCGGCGAGGCCGAGGCUCUCGGGCGGGAGCACGGUGCGCAGAGACUCUUCCCGAACAAAGUUCCAGAGCCCCUGGAGGACGGCCUGAAGGCCCCGGAGUGCGCCAGCGGCAUGUACAAAGAGACCGUCUACUCCGCCUUCAAUCUGCUCAUGCACUACCCACCCCCCUCGGGAGCAGGGCAGCACCCCCAGCCGCAGCCCACGCUGCACAAGGCCAGUCAGCCUGCCCAUGGUGUCCCCCAACUCUCUCCUCUCUACGAACAUUUCAACAGCCCACACCCCACCCCUGCACCUGUGGACAUCAGCCAGAAACAAGUUCCUAGGCCUCUGCAGACCCCUGACCUCUCUGGCUUCUACUCCCUGACCUCAAGCAGCAUGGGACAGCUCCCCCACACUGUGAGCUGGUUCACCCACCCAUCCUUGAUGCUCGGCUCUGGUGUACCUGGUCACCCAGCAGCCAUUCCCCACCCCACAAUUGUGCCCCCCUCAGGGAAGCAGGAGCUGCAGCCCUACGACCGCAACCUGAAAACACAAGCAGAGUCCAAAGCAGAGAAGGAGGCUAAGAAGCCAACCAUCAAGAAGCCCCUCAAUGCUUUCAUGCUGUACAUGAAGGAGAUGAGAGCCAAGGUCAUCGCAGAGUGCACACUUAAGGAGAGCGCUGCCAUCAACCAGAUCCUGGGCCGCAGGUGGCACGCGUUGUCUCGAGAAGAGCAGGCCAAGUAUUAUGAGCUGGCCCGCAAGGAAAGGCAGCUGCACAUGCAGCUUUACCCAGGCUGGUCGGCGCGGGACAACUACGGGAAGAAGAAGAGGAGGUCGAGGGAAAAGCACCAAGAAUCCACCACAGACCCUGGCUCGCCUAAGAAAUGCCGUGCUCGCUUUGGCCUCAACCAGCAGACGGAUUGGUGUGGUCCGUGCAGGAGGAAAAAGAAAUGCAUUCGGUACUUACCCGGAGAAGGCCGCUACCCCAGCCCCGUUCCUUACGAUGACAGUGCUCUAGGCUGCCCCAGGUCCCCAGCUCCCCAGGACUCACCCUCAUACCAUCUGCUGCCCCACUUUCCCACAGAACUGCUUGCUAGCCCUGCGGAGCAGCACCUACAUCCCCAGAUCUCUCCACUGCUCUCAGCCUCCCAGCCCCAGGGCCCCCACAGGCCCCCCGCAGCACCUUGCAGAGUACACAGGUACAGCAACAGGAAUCUCAGAGACAGGCGGCCUAGCAGGUACAGGACACCUGGCCUCCUCCAGGAGCCUACCCCCUGAGAGGAAGCAACAGAGACCCAGAUUGCAUGGAAAUCAGCCAGGGGUCCUGUUAACUUCAUCUCAGGGUCCAGACCCUGAAGAUUUCAGAGGCUGUACAAUUUCUGCCUGAACCUGACGCCAUCGAUUCAAACUGCUCCAAGUGGUGGGGACUCACAUCUGUGUUGAUGUGUCACCUAAUUAAGGGCGUAUCUUGUA